GGGUCCCUCUUGUGACAGAUGGGUAUUUAAAGCACAUCUUGUAGCAGAGCGCGGAGUAAUGAAUGGACGUGGUGAGGCGGACUCUACGGGCAGAGGCAGGGCUCGUUUUAUGCCACACGUUUCCGCAUCAGGGCCUUGUCACUACUGGAUACAGACUGCUGUGCGUGCUUGCCUCGCUGUCUGUUGGGCUAGCAGGCAGGGCCGCGCCGCAUUUCCUUUUCACCAAUGCCGCAAACCCCGCCCCUAGCCGGAUGGGACAAGUAAAAAAAAAAAAAAAAAAAAAAAAUCGUAUUCUCCUAUUGGCUCUGGCACCCGUCCGUCAGCGCUUAUUCCUGAUACACUGACGGCACGCUGACGGUGGUGGGCGGGCGCAGCUAAGAAAAUUAUAAGGUCAUUUGAAUUACGCUUGCUAGCGAGGUUAUCGGCUACAAUGAACCCAGAAAUGAUAUCAGUGAUUGUGACAAUGAACGGAUGAUGAUCGCGGGGUCAAAGUCGACGCGUACAGCCAAGCGAAUUUGACUCCCGACCCACCGGAGGAGAGGAGGAGUAGCGGCAGCAGCUCGUUGUGGUAUUAACAACAGGAGGGGAUCCCGGUGCGUGUGUCUGUCUCUGUGCGUUUCUGUGAGCCUCUGUGAAACCCGAGCAAGCGGCGGCGAGGAGCGGAGGGGGCGACCAAGCUAGCCUAUAAGCCGAUCAAGGUGGAAUCGCACACAACGAGUUUCACGUCAGGGAUUUCUGCGCACCUACAUGCUGUGACGGUGUGAGCCAAGUGCAAGGAUGAUGCGUCUAGCGUGUUGCACAGCCCUGCUGUUUGUGUUGAGGCUGCUGGUGGGCUUGCCUUGGUACCAGGUUCUCCCGGCCAUCCUGAUCUUCUACCUGGGAAGCGGAGGAUGGAGCUUCCUGCAGAUUUUUGCCAGAACAGUUGGCAGGGACUUACAUGCGGCAGUUGUGUUACUGCGGGUGAAGAUGAACGUCAGACGCCACCUUAGAGAGAAGAACACAAUUCCCAAGAUCUUUGCUGAAACAGUGCGUCGUCAUGGGGACAAAACUGCACUCAUCUUCGAGGGGACUGGGGAAAGGUGGACCUUCCGACAGUUGGACGAGUACUCCAACAGAGUGGCUAACCUGCUGCUGGAACGGGGUUUCAGGGAGGGUGAUGUGGUGGCCCUUUUCAUGGAGAACAGGUCCCAGUACGUGGGCCUCUGGCUGGGAAUGGCCAAGAUCGGAGUAGAGGCCGCUCUAAUCAACUUCAAUUUGAGACUGGAGGCCUUGGUCCACUGUGUCACCAUCUCCAAUGCCAAGGCUGUGGUGUUUGGCUCAGAGCUCACUGAUGCUGUUUCCGAGGUACACAGUUCAAUGGGGAAGGCGGUGCAGAUGUUCUGUUCUGGAGAAUGGGAUCCCAAACGGGUCCCACAGGGAACCGAGUGCCUAGAGCCCCUGCUGGAUGGUGCCCCAUCUCACCUGCCCAGCCGGCCGCAGCGCUGCUUCACAGAUCGCCUAUUCUACAUCUACACGUCAGGAACCACUGGGAUGCCUAAAGCUGCUAUUGUUGUGCACAGCAGGUACUAUCGCAUGGCAGCUUUGGUGUAUUAUGGGUUUAAGAUGACAUCAGAUGACGUGCUGUAUGAUUGCCUUCCACUCUACCACUCUGCAGGAAACAUUGUGGGAGUGGGACAGUGUUUAAUACAUGGCAUGACUGUAGUCAUCAGAAAGAAGUUCUCUGCCUCGCGUUUCUGGGACGACUGUGUCAAAUACAACUGCACUAUUGUGCAGUACAUUGGUGAGAUCUGCAGAUACCUGCUGAACCAGCCAGUUCGGGACACAGAGCAGCAACAUCAGGUGCGCAUGGCCCUGGGCAACGGCCUUCGCCAGUCCAUAUGGGAGGAGUUCAUGAACCGCUUCAAUAUCUCGCAGAUUGCAGAGUUCUACGGAGCAACAGAGUGCAACUGCAGCCUGGGCAACUUCGAUAACAAGGUUGGAGCAUGUGGCUUCAACAGUCAGAUUCUACCCUUCAUCUAUCCCAUCAGACUAGUGAGGGUUGAUGAAGAGACCAUGGAGCUCAUUCGGGGACCUGAUGGCGUCUGCAUUCCGUGUAAACCUGGCGAGCCUGGCCAGCUAGUCGGCAGGAUCAUUCAGAAUGACCCUCUUAGGAGGUUUGAUGGCUAUGUCAACCAAUCAGCAACCAGCAAGAAGAUUGCUCAAAGUGUCUUCAAGAAGGGAGACAGUGCCUAUCUCUCUGGUGAUGUGUUGAUCAUGGAUGAGAACGGCCACAUGUACUUCAAGGACCGAACAGGAGACACUUUCCGCUGGAAAGGAGAGAAUGUCUCCACGACCGAGGUGGAGGGAACGCUCAGCAGGCUGCUAGACAUGAAAGAUGUAGUUGUGUAUGGAGUGGAAGUACCAGGAGCAGAGGGAAAGGCUGGAAUGGCAGCCAUCGCUGAUCCGUCUCGUUCCACUGAUCUGGAGAAGUUUGUAAAGGACAUGGAGAAGGCUCUGCCUCCGUACGCCAGACCUGUAUUCCUUCGCUUCCUUCCAGAGGUCAACAAGACGGGAACAUUUAAGUUUCAAAAGACGGAGUUGCGUAGGGAUGGCUUUGACCCCAGCGCGGUGUCGGACAGACUCUACUUCCUGGAUUCCAGCAGAGGGCGCUAUGUGCAGCUGGACGAGGAGACUUACCGCUCCAUACUGUCAGGGAAACACAAAUUGUGAUGACUAGGCUGACCACUACAUUUACAUAUGUACACACACAUAUACACACAUACAAAUACAGAACAGAAGACAAUAUUUUGAGAGCAGGAUAGCAGAAUGCAGAACCUUGCCCCCAUAUACACAAAAAUACAAACAGUAUAAAGUAAUAGCCAUACACAUUCUGUGCACCCAGAGCCAACACAUUUACACACACAUACACAUUGUAUUCCCAAACCCUCUUUGCUCUUUGAUCUCUGAAAACAGACUUAUGCACGCCACUCACACACACACACACACACACACACACAAACACAGCACCACUCCAUCCAUCCCUCCUGAAAUCUCCGCGGCAACUCCUCUCGCUACCUCAGCAAACACAGAGAGGGGCACAAACCCAGUAACCAGGUCUAUUUGGUAACUUGAAACCACUCUUCAUAGCCACACAAUCCCAGUGCACACAGCCCUCAGACAACCCCUUCCUGUUCAUCAUGGUCCAUCAAACCAGAUGUUUUGCUGGGGGACACCGCUCGGGGGAGGGGGGUGAGGAGUACAGGCUGCCUGGCAUCCAGAAUGCACAAACUUGAAACUACAGAUAACCACAAACUUGAUGGAUGAUAAAGAGGAGCAUGGAUUCAGUGCAUACAUAUGUGGCACGGCGGAGGGACCUGUUAGGACCUAAACUGUCUCUCUGAUUGUUGUUAUGUUAACGAGAUUGUUCUGUGAAAGACUGGAGCCUCUAUCCUUGACCUCACCUGCACAAUUAGCCAGCAGUGACAGACCUAUGUGACACCUACACCUUUCCUCUGUUUGAAGUUAACUUUAUCAAAGUCUUUCCUUCAGCUCUCUGGUCUCCUUGUCUUCGUUUCCAUCCUUGCUCUACAGAGCUUGCAAUGAAAAUGAAGUAAGGACACCAAAGGUUUUUUUUUUUUUUUCUAAAGGGAACACAUUAAGAUGUGAAGGAUUUUGGAGAGCCUUUGACAUGUAACUAAUGGUUACAGAAGUUAAAUUAGACCAGUGGUUGAAGCUGAAAAUUUUACUAAAGUGCAAUAGGGCUCCAGAGUUUGCAGUGCAAUAAUCAGCCGCACCACAGCUGAUAUAAAACAAAGCUUUUUAUUUAAAUAUGUCUGCAUUACACCAGAUAUAUUUAAGUUGUAGUGUUUGUUUACAUAUUUAAGAAAAUAUGAAACUUUUAGUAAUUUAUGUUGUUGUGAAAGCUUUCUCUUUUGUUGUAGUGCAAAUGUAUCAGGGUUUUUCUGCUUUACGUGAAUCCAAAUCUGUGCUUCAGUAGCUCUUGGAGUCCUCAUGAAUUGAGCUGCAGUAUGCAUUUUAUAUCAGCAGCUGGAACACAAAAGUAAAGUGCUCCAACUGAGUCAACCCUGGGCUAAAUACAUGGGGUUAUUUCCAUACACAGCACUGUUCACUCACUGAGCGGACGUGCAGUAUGGUCGUGUGGCUUUAUUGUGCAGGUUUUGUCGUAAGAGGUAGAUUUUGCCUAUCGUAGGGUGCUCGUAUAUUCUUCUGAAACAUAUGAGAAGGACUUGACUGAAGAGACAGGAGCACCGAAUUGCCUCAUCAGCGAGGACUUGUGUUUUUAACGAUAUUCUGGUGCUAAGGAGGGAUGUUCUGCCAGAUUCAGGAGAGCCGAACGAUCCAAAGAUUCAAAGGCAGGGAGUAAGGACACUGUAACGGAGAGGAUGCAUCGGAACGGAGCAGUAGAGAAGAAGAGAAAAUGUGCUUUGCCAUCGAUGUCUUGUCCGUUGUCUGCAGUAGCUGUCAUCAGAGGUUGUAGCAGCAUGAAUGAGCAACCACAAGCAGAGCACUGUGCCUUACUGUGAGUUCACCUCCCAGAUUCACAGGCCCUGGCCCAUACAUAGUGUCUCAUAUGGUUCCCUGUGUUGGACUUCAACCGUCACUCGUCUCAUUAAGCUUCUAUCUACCAUAAUCUCAUUUGUCCGUGUCCAAGUUUCCUGUCACAGUGGCAUCGCAAAGCUGGCCCAAAUCUUGGGAAUUCAGGUUUUACUCUGAAAAAUCAUCUCCUAGGAAACGGAGGCAGCCCAGCGACUGACAUCUUCAUCCUGCCAGGUGCAGGACGAGUUUGUGAUGAUGUCUCACUGGGCAAGAGUCCAAUUGCUGCGAGACUGCUGUCACAGAAUUUUCGAGGACUCUAUCCUCCUCACUUCCUUUCCCUCGGAUCUCUCAGCCCUGACUGUAACCUUAAUUUGUCUUCUAGCUGUCUUUAUUUGUUACACAUUUGUUUCUUGGGUUAUCUUUAAGAUAUCACUCGCCCAAGUUUCCAUUUGCUCGGCACCUUUACUUUAAGCCUUUAUCGUCUUUCUGCCAACCACUCCAAUCCUUUGCAUUCAACCAUCUCUUCCCUCUUUCCUCUGUCUUCUCUCUUUCUGACUGUGGCCCCCCUUCCCUUCGAGCAGGCACCUCUGUUUAAUCCUGGCUGUCUCUGUCAGGCUCCAAGCCUCAUUGUCUGCCACGUCUGUGGUCAUGUUGAUUCAGACAAGGGUAAAAAAAAAAACAAAAAAAAAAAACAGCAUUUGAAUACCUUUAGAAUAUUUCCUAAUUGGAUCUCUUUAAAUGUUUGAUUGAGCAUAUUGGAGGGAUUUUUCUUUUGUCAAUUUUUGAGAUUGUUCAGGAGGUUUGGUAACAUCAAGCUCCACCUACACACUCAAAACUGUUUCCAAGUAUCUUUUGCCGAUGUGUGUUGUGUGUAGUCUGCCAUUACCCUGUGAUAUUUCUUUUCCUUACAUUUGAAACUCACCACAUCCUAAGUCACCUACAGUACAGCCAGGCAAGGUGUUGCCAACAUUUGAGGACCGACUGUAACGUAGAUGACUUCCUAUUCUUCUUUCUGUGGCAAUGCUUAGGCUACUUUGUUUUCUGCAGACUGAUUCUCAAUAUGUUUCAACGGCUUUCCUCGGUUUGUACUUUUCACUGACUGACCUUGACGGCUGCAGUCUGCUGACAGCGUUCGUCAAUGUUGCUCUCACUUAUCAUUCCCCUGUUUUGGGAAGAACACCAACAAAGCCGUUUGACAGAAAUUGCGAUUCACCCCUGCUUCUUCUGUAGUCUUCAAUGAGUCUGUCUUUUUCUCUCUCACAAGUAUUUUGUUCUUUAAUGAUGAGUGUGAAAUGUUCUCAUGAAUGUCUGAAAAGCAAAUGAGUGACCAAUGAUAUUGAUUUUCUAAAGUGUGAUUUACGUAUCUAAGCGAACACAAUUUGGCUGUUAUGAUGCUUCUGACUGAGGGUUACACUUGUUAACCCUGACCACCAGGGGGCGCGUGACUAAACAGCCCCACAAAGAGCACUCUGAAUAAGAUGUUUCCAUUUUCACUUUUUUUUUUUAAAUGAGUUUAAAUUAUUAUUUUUGAAGAACUGUUAAUUAUACUUUGAUUGUUUCACUGCUUUAUGUGUUUGCUCUUGUUUUCUUUUUGUGAAAUUAUAGCUUUGUGAUUUUGGUAUAGAAAAAGGGGAUUCAUGCAUGAGUGGAAGACAAUCAAAUGUCAGUUUGUUGUUUGUUUUUUUUUUGUUUUUUUCUACCUUUGGCACAAGGAACCAGCCAGGGAUCUACCUUUCUGGAUGAAAUGGGUUGUAGAUGUUGAGCAGGAACCAUUUCCCAGCUGAAGGCCUGUAGGGAGUGAGGGGUCUAUGGGACAGGGUGUAUUGAGGUUUUCCAGUCACCUGUUUGACCAGAGGGGGGCGCUGUACCCUCACCAAUGCUUUGACAGGGGCGAGUCAAAGAGAGGCACACACAAGCUUCCUUGCCAUUAUUUCAUCACACAGUCCUUGGAUAAGAGAUGUACUGAUUUAAAUGAAACCUUAUAUGAUAUAUUUCAAAAUGUGAUUUUGCGAUGCAAUUUUUCACACAAUUUAUAACAGAUUUCACUGUUUUAUUUAUAAUCAGCUAAAAUCACUUCACUAUUGCAUUUUUGCUUCAAAAGACUGUCAAACAGUUUGACAGAUUAAACCAAUACAAUGCCUUCACUUAAUACACAGAUAAUAAAUGUUGUCAGUGUAUGGUGAUUGAUGUAUAUAUUGAUGUAUGAGAUUAUUCAGUCGAGCUCCAAAGUGAACAAUGUUGUGAGAAAGCCUCACGGGCAUCUAACUAACUGUCACCAGCUUUCCCAGCUCACACUGAGAUUAAUCAAGAUAACCAGAGUCUGAGUGUAAAUCACUGACAUAUGAUCAAAGAAUAAGUCACAGUGAAGUUCACAAUUAUGUGAGGAUCAUUACCCGCCAGACAAGCCACAGAUCACAAACCCUGACUGAAGACUUGCGUGUAUUUGUUUGUUUUUAUCUCUCUGGUCUUACUGUCCCUCAUGUCUCUGAUCAACAUUUAACACCUUGUUUUUGUUUUUUUUUUGCACUUUUUGUUUGUCUUUUUCUCCCGGUCGUGGUCCUCAGGAACAUCAAACAGCGCUAGAGAAGGAAACAAGUUUGUAUGUGUCUGCCUAUGUGUGUGUGAACGUGUUUUUUAUUAUAAUUAUUUUAUCGUCUCAUUGCAAAGGCAGCAGCUCUCAGCUUGUGCAGAGUGUGUAGGGGAGGUCUGUGAGGUGUGCUGUGUGUGUGAGACACACACACUGAUGUCCUCUUGUCCACUGAAGGUUAGCUGUAUACAUCAUGCAUUUCAAGAAAAUGAGACAAAAGCAGUGCUGCAAAUGGAAAAAUCAUUAUUAAUAAAAAACUAUUUAAAUUGUU